AUGUGGAUUACAAUUCAAAAAUUUGCUGAAAGGGAGGAACAUUUACAAUGUGAUAGUGCUAUUGUGGUUGUAAUGAGCCAUGGAGUGUUUGAUCAUUUAUUAGGCAUUGAUGAAAUGCCUGUUAACUUUCAUUCUUUCGUGUCGUGUCUUAACUCAAAAAAUGCACCAAAAUUAAUAGGAAAACCAAAAAUAUUUAUAGUCCAGGCAUGUAGAGGAGAAAAUUAUGAUGAAGGUGUUGAACAUAUAACAGAAGAAUGUGUAGAUGGCCCAUCAUUUUCUCCUUUAUUUUCAAUUUUUUCUAAAUAUAUUAAACCUAACAAUAAUAACAACAAUAAUAAUAAUCCUUUAAAUGCUUCCUCAAUAUUUAGAAAUGCCCCCUCACCAAAUUCUCAAAAUUAUUUUAAUGAAAGUAGAGUUCAAAAGAGACUAAAAAUAGAAAAAGUGCCAACAUUUGCAGAUAUUUUAAUAGCCUCUGCUACAACUUCAAACAACGUUUCUUGGCGUAAUUCAGCUACUGGUACUUGGUUCAUUCAAACAUUAUGUGAAGUAUUUAGUAAAAGAGCAAAAACUGAUGAUAUUUUAAAAAUGCUAACUUAUGUUAAAAGUGAAGUUGCUAAAAAAGAGUCCAAUUCUGGUGGAAAAUAUAAACAAGUACCGGAAACUCUAUCAACACUUUGUAAACAUUUUUUCUUCUUUCCAGGGAUAACAAAUAAAGAAAUUUAA